UUGCUGCUGCAUUCCCGUCUCCACGUUAUAUCAGAAAGAAAGAUACAGAAUAGAUAACAUUUCCACAAUGACCACAAAAAGAAAAUAACCCAGAGGAACAGAAUAGGUAAUAGUUGAACAGCGACAAUAGCAAGUCAUUCACAAAAGACAACAAGCGGUUUUGAAUUUGGAAAGAAAACCACAUGCACACAAAACAAAUACUCCCCAAAGAAAAAAAAGUUAAAACCUCAACAAAAGCAAAAACAGGGAAAACAUAUAAGAAAGCUUAGUAGUAAGAUAAGAAAAAGUCCUUGGGAUACCCGGUCUGCCUGAGGACCCAGAAGCCUGUCGACCUCACGAUGUCCUUCAGCACUCCUUUCUCCAACUUGCCUGGAUCACAUUCCAAGACCUUGCUAUGCUUCAGCCUAGGGCUCAAGGCUUGUGGCUACCACCUGCCUGGGCUUCAUGGUGAAAGCGCCCCCAAUCUCCAACCCAAAUCCCAGAGCAGCCCCCGCCUUCCAGGGACAGGAUGAGAAGUCUUUUGUAACCAGACAGUUGGCCACCAUGGGGAGACUGAUCAGGAUGGGGGUACCGGAACGGCGGUUAUACCAGUCCAAACGGCUUCCCUGGGGUCGCCUCUUCUUCCUACUGGGAAUGUUGCUCAUUGGGUCUACCUAUCAGCACCUGAGGAACUCGGGGGGUCUCCCCACACUAGGAGAAGCUGUCUCUGCUAGACACCGUGUAAAACUGGCUAGCCAGGACCUCUUAGAUGGUCAGAUGGUGACGAUGAGCAGGGGUCCUUCAGCAAGGACCUCUAACACGGAGGGGGGGCUGCUGGUACUGCCGACCACAGUGAGCAGACAGGAAGCAGCACUUAGCCGAACCAUGGAGAACACUCCCACUCCGCCCAGAAGAACAGUCAGGAUCACUCCAACAAAGCCUACGAAUCGCUACACCCUGGCAGUAGCAGGCGCAGAGAGAGUGAGGGCGGAGACCCCGACCGCAUCCAGGAGAGCACUGCGGCACGAUACCGUAACUGCAAGCAGACAAACAGGACGGAAUUCCACCCCAACAACACCCAGGGCAGAAAGGAAGAGCCACGACCCCACUCAAAACAGAGCCAAGGGGAAGAAGCACCCCCCACACCUACCAGGUCGAACAGCAGACAAUGAUACUUCAUUCUUGUUUGUGACCAUGAAGAGGAGCCAUGUGAACACCCCCAAAACAACAGCGAGGGCUGGCAGAACUAUGGCACCCGACAGCAGGAUGGGGACCAACACUCACAAGAGAACAGUGGAGGGAAAUACUCCCACUAUUUUCAAGGGACUAGUCGACGACAUCCCCAUUUUCCUGAGGAGUGAGAUACAAACCAGCAUCUUGACUUCUCCAAGGACUCUAGUGGAGAAGAACAGGCUGACUACCCCCAGAGGAGUAAGAAAUACCAGCAUAACCAAACCCUGGUGGCUAGUGGGAAAGGACCAUGUGACCACUGCCCCGAGGGCAGCCCUGGAGCGUACCCCAGCCAUCUCUGAGGGGCCCUUGGGGAUGAUCUACAGCCCAGCCAGCAGCCCGGCGGGAACCAAAGCCUCCACUGCCUCUCGGAGGAACUCUUCCCCCAGCACCAGGGUACCAACGGCCAGAAUGCCCACUGCCACCUUUCAGAGGCCAGCACCCAGCACCUCAGUGACCCCCAGGGUCAGGGUCACCCCGACACCCCACAUUCAUCACUAUGUGGUUAUGAUGCCAGGGCCAGCUGUGUUCACCACCCCCUCUCCCAGCCCAACAGCAGAGGAGCCCAGUCCCAGCCCCUCACUGCUGCCUUCCCAUGAACCAGACCUCCACCCCAAGGCCGAGUAUCCACCAGACCUGUUCAGUGUGCAGGAGCGGCGCCAGGGCUGGGUGGUCUUGCAUGUCUUCGGCAUGAUGUAUGUGUUUGUGGCCUUGGCUAUCGUGUGUGACGAGUUCUUCGUCCCAGCCCUGGGCGUCAUCACCGACAAGCUGCAGAUCUCUGAGGACGUGGCAGGGGCCACGUUCAUGGCUGCUGGGGGCUCUGCCCCUGAGCUGUUCACUUCCCUCAUCGGGGUCUUCAUCUCUCAUAGCAAUGUGGGCAUCGGCACCAUCGUGGGCUCCGCUGUGUUCAACAUCCUCUUCGUCAUCGGCACCUGCGCCCUCUUCUCCCAGGAAGUCCUCCAUCUCACCUGGUGGCCCUUGUUUCGUGACGUCUCCUUCUACAUCUUUGACCUGAUGAUGCUCAUCCUCUUCUUCCUAGACAGCCGCAUUGCCUGGUGGGAGAGCCUGCUGCUGCUGCUGGCCUAUGCCUUCUAUGUGUUCACCAUGAAAUGGAACAAGCAGCUGGAGCUCUGGGUGAAGGAGCAGCUUAGCCGGGGGCCCAUGGUCAAGGUCAUGGCCCUAGGUGACAUCAACAAGCCGGCUGGUGGGGCUGUUGCAGUGGACGAGCCACAGGAACACAAGAAGCUGAAGCUCCCGUCCGUGCUGACCCGAGGGAGCAGCUCAGCCUCUCUGCACAACAGCAUCAUUCGCACCACCAUCUACCAGCUCAUGCUCCAGAGCCUGGACCCUCUGGGCGCAGCCAGUCCCUCCAUGGACAAGGAAGAAAGCUUGAAUCAGGAGGCCACAGCCAAGCCCCAGGCCAAAGCAGAAAGCAAACGAGAAGAGGAGGAGCCAGCUGAGCUCCCUGCGGUCACAGUCACACCAGCCCCUGCUCCAGACAGCGAGGGAGAUCAGGAGGAAGAUGCUGACAGUCAGGAGUCCAGGAAGUUUUUUGUUCUCACCUUCCUGGGAUCCAUCACCUGGAUAGCUCUGUUCUCCUACCUCAUGGUGUGGUGGGCUCACCAGGUUGGUGAGACGUUAGGCAUUUCCGAAGAGAUUAUGGGUUUGACAAUCCUGGCAGCAGGCACGUCAAUUCCUGACCUCAUCACCAGCGUGAUUGUGGCGCGAAAAGGCCUGGGAGACAUGGCUGUGUCAAGCUCCGUGGGCAGUAACAUAUUUGACAUCACCGUGGGCUUGCCGGUUCCUUGGCUGCUUUUCUCUCUUCUCAAUGGCUCCGUGCCUGUCGUGGUCAGCAGCAACGGCCUGUUUUGUGCCAUCGUUCUGCUCUUCCUCAUGCUCCUGUUUGUGAUCACCUCCAUCGCAUUGUGCAGAUGGAGGAUGAACAAGGUGCUGGGCUUCACCAUGUUCCUCCUGUACUUCAUAUUCCUCAUCACCAGUGUGAUGUUAGAAGACCGGGUUAUAUCCUGCCCCAUCUCCGUUUGAGUCAGGGCCCCUGGGGUUCAAGGUGGACUCAGCAGAAUGCCAUGCCGGAUGUUCCUGUACCUUUGCUACACUGAUGAAAGAACAGGGUCCAGAGAGCAGCCCAGCGCCUCUGACGCGAGUGUGAUCUGGGACGGAAUUUUCUCCUUGGAAACAACUGACGGCUCGCUGUGGAUGAAGGCCCUCACCUCAGGGGAGUGGGUUCCCCCGAUGCAGACAUCCCUGAGAUGGAGGCCAGGAGAGGGGGUGCCAGAGGGCUUUCUAAU